GCGGCGCCAUGGAGGAGGGGGCGCAGCGGCAGCCUGGGGCAGGCCAUCGGCCUCUGGAGGAUGAGAAAGAGCUGAUCCGCCGGGCCAUCCAGAAGGAGCUAAAGAUCAAGGAGGGUAUGGAAAACCUGCGGCGGGUGGCCACAGACCGCCGCCACCUGGGCCACGUGCAGCAGCUGCUGCGGUCCUCCAACCGCCGCCUGGAGCAGCUGCAUGGAGAGCUGCGGGAGCUUCACGCCCGCAUCCUGCUGCCCGGGCCUGGGCCGGGCCCGGCUGAGCCCACGGCCUCAGGACCUCGGCCGCUGGCCGAGCAGGCAAGGGCCCGGCACCUGGAGGCUCUACAGAGGCAGCUGCAGGUGGAGCUGAAGGUCAGGCAGGGGGCUGAGAACAUGACCCACACCUACGCCAGUGGCACUCCCAAGGAGAGGAAGCUGCUGGCAGCCGCCCAGCAGAUGCUCCAGGACAGCCAGCUGAAGGUGGCCCUGCUGCGAAUGAAGAUCAGUAGCCUGGAGGCCAGCGGGUCCCCCGAGCCAGGUCCUGAGCUGAUGGUAGAGGAACUACGGCACCGUCUACGCAUCGAGGCUGCCGUGGCUGAGGGCGCCAAGAACGUGGUGAAGCUGCUUGGUAGCCGGCGAACACAGGACCGCAAGGUGCUGGCCGAGGCUCAGGCCCAGCUCCAGGAGUCCUGCCAGAAACUGGACCUCCUGCGGCUGGCCUUGGAGCAGCUGCUGGAGAGACUGCCUCCUGCUCACCCUCUGCGUGGCAGAGUGGCCCGGGAGCUGCGGACUGCUGCGUCUGGAAACCCGCAGCCUUCAGGGACACUUGUGAAACCCACCGCCAUGACAGGGACACUGCAGGUCCGCCUCCUGGGCUGUGAGCAGCUGCUGACAGCGGUGCCUGGACGUUCCCCUGCGGCCGCGCUGGCCGGGAGCCCCUCCCAGGGCUGGCUUCGGAGCAGAGCCAAGCAGCAGCGUGGGGGAGGCGAGCUGGCCAGUGAGGUGCUGGCCGUGCUGAAGGUGGACAAUCGCGCUGUGGGCCAGACGGGCUGGGGGCCUGUGGCCAAGCAGUCCUGGGACCAGACCUUUGUCAUCGCCCUGGAGCGGGCCCGAGAGCUGGAGAUCGGGGUCCACUGGCGGGACUGGAGGCAGCUGUGUGGCGUGGCCUUCCUGAGGCUGGAGGACUUCCUGGACAAUGCCUGUCACCAGCUGUCCCUCAGCCUGGUGCCACAGGGACUGCUCUUCGCCCAGGUGACCUUCUGUGACCCUGUCAUUGAGAGGAGGCCCCGACUGCAGAGGCAGAAACGCAUUUUCUCAAAACGCAGAGGUCAGGACUUCCUGAGGGCUUCCCAGAUGAAUCUCAGCAUGGCGGCCUGGGGACGCUUGGUCAUGAGCCUGCUGCCCCCAUGCAGCUCCCCAAGUACCAUCAGCCCCCCCAAAGCGUGCUCCCAGACUCCAGCCACACCCCAGCGGGCCACCGACCCCGACUCGCCCAGUAACUUCCCACCCAAGAAAACCCCCUUGCGAGAAGAGAUCCAACCCCUACCCAAGCCCCCUCGCCUCUACCUGGCCCAGGAGCCAACCCCUGAAGAGAUGCCGCGCACCAAACGUCCCCACAUGGAGCCCAGGAUUCGACUCGAGCCGCCUCUGCCAGCCCCGGCUACCAGGAAACCCCCCCGGCUUCAGGACUUCCGCUGCUUGGCCGUGCUGGGCCGGGGCCACUUCGGGAAGGUCCUCUUGGUUCAAUUCAAGGGCACGGGGCAAUACUAUGCCAUCAAAGCGCUGAAGAAGCAGGAGGUGCUGAGCCGGGACGAGAUUGAGAGCCUGUACUGUGAGAAGCGAAUCCUUGAGGCCGUGGGCUGCACAGGGCAUCCGUUCCUGCUUCCCCUCCUUGCCUGCUUCCAGACCUCCAGCCAUGCCUGCUUCGUGACUGAGUUCGCGCCUGGCGGUGACCUCAUGAUGCAGAUCCAUGAGGACGUCUUUCCUGAGCCCCAGGCCCGGUUCUAUCUGGCCUGUGUGGUCCUGGGGCUGCAGUUCUUACACGAGCAGAAGAUCAUUUACAGAGACCUUAAGUUGGAUAAUCUUCUCCUGGACGCCCAGGGUUUCCUGAAGAUCGCGGACUUUGGGCUUUGUAAGGAAGGGAUCGGCUUUGGGGACCGGACGAGCACCUUCUGCGGCACCCCGGAGUUCCUGGCCCCCGAGGUGCUGACUCAGGAGGCCUACACGCGGGCUGUGGACUGGUGGGGGCUGGGCGUGCUGCUCUAUGAGAUGCUGGUGGGCGAGUGCCCGUUUCCAGGGGACACCGAGGAGGAGGUGUUUGACUGCAUCGUCAAUGCAGAAGCCCCAUACCCCCGCUUUCUGUCGGUGCAAGGCCUCGAGCUUAUUCAGAAGCUCCUCCAGAAAUGCCCCGAGAAGCGCCUGGGGGCGGGCGAGCGAGAUGCUGAGGAAAUCAAGACCCAGCCUUUCUUCAGGACCACCGACUGGCAGGCUCUGCUCGCCCGCGCCGUCCAGCCCCCCUUUGUGCCCACCCUCUGUGGCCCCACAGACCUGCGCUACUUCGAGGGGGAGUUCACAGGGCUGCCGCCCGCCCUGACCCCACCCGACCCCCGCAGCCCCCUCACCGCCCGCCAGCAGGCUGCCUUCCGCGACUUCGACUUCGUGUCUGAGAGAUUCCUGGAGCCCUGAGGGCCUCCCGGCCUCUCCACCCCCUGCCCGCUCCCCCACGCCGGACGGUUAGAGCCUCUGCUUUGCCUGCCUGUCUGCCCACCGGGGCACGCAGGGAUUUAUGGGCCUUUGGGGCUGGAGGUGGCAGCCAUGGGGCUGUCGUGGGCACUGCUCAGUCACCGGGCGAGUGCUGCCUGCCCCCUUCCCCCGACCUCUCCCCUGCCCGCUGUGAGACCUAGACCAGAAAGCGUGGCGCAGCGAGGAAUGGUUUGGGUUUUUUUAAUACUUGACUUGCUUUAUGGUUCAUUAAAUUUAUAAAACUGUG